GCUGGCGGGCUGCAGCACCAUGUUGCUGUGUUGAUGUUGGCUCCAGGCUCCGGCGCCUUAUCAGCUGCAGGCCAGCGCCCGGCGGCGGCCUCACACGGCGGCGAUGAGGGCCACGGGCGCCCGCGGCUGAGAGGGGCCCCCGCAGCAGCUGCAGCAGCAGGAGGAGGAGGGGCCGCCGCCAUCACCGAGAGCGCGGGGAGGAGGAGGAGGAGGAUGAUGGAGGAGCCUGGGCCCGAGCCCGAGCCUGGGGCCGGCUCGCUGCUGCGCUUCCUGGGCCGCCGCGCGCUCAGCGGCGACCGCUUCCUGAGGGAGGCCUUCCAGCGGCAGCGGCUGUCCGCCUGCAGGAGCCUCUUCAAGAAGGACCUGCUCGGCCACUUCGGCUGCGUCAACGCCAUCGAGUUCAGCAGCGGCGCCGGGGAGCUGCUGGUGUCCGGUGGAGAUGACCGUCGUGUCUUGUUGUGGCACGUUGAUAAAGCUAUUCAUUCAAAAGCCAAACCUGUCCAACUGAAAGGCGAACAUCUAUCCAACAUAUUCUGUUUAGCAUUUGACAGCACAAAUACCCACCUCUUUUCUGGAGGAAAUGAUGAGCAAGUGAUUGUUCAUGAUGUUGAAAGCACAGAAAUAGUGAAUGUUUUUCCCCAUGAUGAUGCUGUAUAUGGCCUGUCUGUUAGUCCUGUGAAUGACAAGGUGUUUGCUAGUUCUUCAGAUGAUGGCAGAGUCCUUAUCUGGGAUAUACGAGACUCACAUGGAGAACCAUUUUGUUUGGCAAAUUACCCCUCAGCCUUUCACAGUGUGAUGUUUAACCCUGUUGAGCCCAGACUUCUGGCUACUGCAAAUUCCAAAGAAGGAGUGGGCCUGUGGGACAUCCGCAAGCCUCGAAGCUCCUUGCUCCGUUAUGGAGGAAAACUUCCUAUGCAGAGUGCCAUGAGUGUCCGCUUCAAUAGUAGUGGGACCCAGCUGUUGGCACUGCGGCGUCGCCUCCCUCCAGUAUUAUAUGACAUUCAUUCGCCACAGUCUGUGUUUGAGUUUGAUAACCAAGGAUAUUUCAAUUCCUGCACUAUGAAGAGCUGUUGCUUUGCAGGAGACCGUGAUCAAUUUGUUCUGUCUGGCUCUGAUGACUUUAAUCUGUACAUGUGGCGCAUUCCUUCCAGUUUGGAGACAGGAGGCCCUGCCAGAAUUGUGAAUGGUGCGUUUAUGGUGCUGAAGGGCCAUCGUUCCAUCGUCAAUCAAGUGCGCUUUAACCCUCAUUCAUACAUGAUCUGUUCAUCAGGUGUGGAAAAGAUUAUCAAGGUGUGGAGUCCAUACCUCCAACCAGAUUGUGCUGGAGACUUAGAAGGAGCAGUGGAAGAUGACACCCGCAAUCUUUAUACCCAUGAAGAGUACAUCAGCCUUGUCUUAAACAGUGGGAGUGGUCUGUCUCAUGACUACGCUAACCAGUCUGUUCAGGAAGAUCCAAGGAUGAUGGCUUUCUUUGACUCUCUUGUACGGCGUGAGAUUGAGGGUUGGAGUUCUGACUCGGACAGUGACCUGAACGAGAGUACAAUUCUUCAGCUGCGUGCAGGGGCGAGUGAGCGUUCAGGAUACAGCGAUACAGAAUCGUCUGCUUCGUUGCCACUGUCACCCCAGCAGGGGGAUGACUCGGAUGAGGCAACCUACACCCUGGACCGACAGAAGCUGCUGAAUACAUCCGCAGUCAGGGAAGACCUGCGGUCACGUCGGCAGAGAUUGUCCGCCCUCCGGCGCUACCAAGAUGAGCGGCUUCGAACUCUCUCAAAUGACUCUGAUUCCUCAGAGAACAACUACCAACAGGUAAAUACAGACUCUGAUGCCGAUCCUGUGAAGAGGCCUCGGUCACCGAGCCCAGAGGCAAAUGAUUCCAGUAGUUCCAGCAGUAAUGGUAGGCGCCGUGCAUCUAUGCGGCAGAGGAAUGCCGCGAGAGCCAAACAGAAGCUCCGUCGGGAGAAAAGGAGUACUUCACUGCUCAAAAAGUUAAAGCAAUGUAGUGCUGAAACUCGUCGUAACUAUUCCCAAGUACAUGAUGGUGAUAAUUCGUCAGCUUCGUCCUCCCCAGAAAGAAGCAGCACUGAGUUUGACAACAGGGGAAGAGUAUCUCCUUACUCAGACAGCGAAUCUGAGGUCAGAAAGGUUUAUAAAGCCUACAGCAAAAUCCAGAGCACUUUCAAAUCACAGUUGAAAGCACAGGGAGACACCACGGCGUUUUUGUCACUGGCAGAUAUGCCAGACACAAGUGAGAGAGGCAGUUCAAUAAAUACUUCAACACAAGAAAAUGAUUCUGCAAGGAAAGGUCCAGUAGUACCUCACAGACUUAGAGAGGAAAGUUGUUUUGACGAACACAAUGGUGAAAGCACCAGCUCAGCAGAGAAUAGAAAAGUACAGGCAAAGAGCAAGCAUUCACUUUCACUUGGUCAUGAAUGCAGUACUGUAACACCUGUAAAGGAAGUUACACCUGGAGAACAGGUUUAUGUUGUUGAAGAUGCCCCCAGUAGUUGUGCUGAGCAUUGUUAUGAGGCAAAAAAGGUUAAUGGCAAAUCGGUCUGUGUCGGAAGUAACAGUAACCUAACUAACCAGUGUCAAGCAUUUGGCAGCCAGGCACAAGAGCUAUGUGGUCACACACAGGUGUUGGAAUGUGUGAAGGCACAAACUACGCAGCAGAUAAGCAGAGAAGAAUCUGGUCAGGAAUUUAAGUCCACAUUAUCUCCAGAAAUCUAUUUAGUUGGAGCAAGAAGUAAUUCUGACCACAAUGAUAAAUCCAAAACCAGGACUUGUGAUGUGGAAGACAGGUGUUCAGAGACUUCCUGCAAUAACGGCCUUUUUGAAAGGCAGUGUGCAGGCCACUGUGAACAAACGUGCUCAGAGCAAAUGGAUUCCGCAGUGCCCUCCAAAUCCGAAGCCGGUGGCUGUGUACAGGUGGCUUCAUUACACCACAAGGAAGACUGUUCCCAAUCUGGGAUAAGUGAGCAUUACGAGUGCGCUAAAAAAAUGAUAGCAUUGCAGAAAAUAUUUGAUUGUCGCCAAGGGACCCUGUCACCAUCUGAGGCUGGCCAGCCUUCUGGAGGCUUAAAAAGGUUGCGAAAAGAGCUGGAUCCGGACUACUCACCAGCUGAGAAGAAGCAGAAGACAUGAUAUGAUUUGCACUUGCCUCAUACCAGUGCCUCAAUGUCACUGAUGAAAGCAUUUAACUGGAACUCCACCAGACACUGGCCUGUAAAACAGUGCGAGUUUUUGUUAACAAUUAUGUAAAUAAGUCAAUUUAUUGAAGAAAUGCUAAUACAGAAAUUUGUAGAAUGUGUAUGAUAAUGGUAUAUAAAAUACAAAUUAUUUGGAGUGAUUCUGACUUUGGAUUCAGAUAUCCAAUUUGUCUUGGAAGGUUUGUACUUCUUCUGUUUAAGUAUUCAUUAUGCCAAGCAAGGGUUUUUGGUACAUUUGGCGUCUCUGAUUGGACAGAUAGUUACAAAGCUUCCCCUCCUAUUAACUUGGUAAAAAUGAGCAAAUUUAUAUAUGUUCCAAGUAUUCAAGCCCAUGCGAUAAUAUUAAACAGAUGAAGACUUUUUGAAAUCUAACACUUUAUAGUUCUUGAGGAUUUUCUUUCGUCUAAUUUUAAAUUGCCACCUUUGAAUGGUAGCCUUUUAUUCAUGCGAGGAGUCGACAGUUUGAUUCUUAAGGAAAAUGUUCAACGUGUUGGUUAUGUACGUGGAAUGCAGUGAUCUGUUGGCGAAGAGAGUUCGACUUUAGCAGUGGUCAGGAAUAAAAUUUUUGUGUUUUGCGUUUAAUUUCUUAAUGAGAAUUAUUUGAAGCACAACAUUUCUACACAGUUGGCAUUGUCAACUGGCCCUUUCCUUAACAGACAACAGAAAUAAGCAUGGACAUGAACAAUUCCUUUUGUGUCAUGUGGCCUUUCUGCAUCAACCCUGAUCAUUCAGCUGAGAAGCCACAGAAAGUGCUUAGAGUAUUAAUUUGAUUCAGGAACCUCAGAUUUUAUUUUACUGGGAUUUUUACUAGGGUAAGAGGAAAGAAGAAAGAUGGUAACCCCCUUGCUCCAGUUUCAUUGUAUUGUCUUUGAGGCAAGAGUCAAUAUAGGUUGAGCAAUGAACCUUCCAAACCCCGCCCCCCACCUCCAAGUUGGCAAAAUGUUCAGUUACAAAGGUUUGCCUGUUUCACCAUACCAUUGAACAUCCAUUAGCCUGCAAUUACUAAAAGUGAAAUUGAAAUAACCAAUUUGUCACGGACUGCGUUACUGAAGUUAGCUGAGGAUAUUUUCAAUUUUGAGCUCCAGGACAAAGCUAAUAAAUGCAAACAUGAUGACACCAAUGUCGCAAAAGUCCUUCGUGAAUGAAUAGCAGUGGGUUGUUUCUGUGCACUUUCAGUACUGGAGCUUGAGUUACAAUCUAGCCUAAAUGUAGUGAAAGCCUCAAAUGGGAAAUUAGCCUGGGCAGCUAACUUGGUUCUGAAUAGUUCAGUUCUUUAUUCAAUAGAAAGUGAUGUUAAAUUAGCAAUUUCUUCAGAGCGAUAUUAGGACAGCUGGUGUGAGUAAUGGAAAAAAUUGUAGUGGUGUGGUACAAGAUUCUUGUCUGAGUUUAGGAUUAAGAUGCACCUUUUGGAAAGUAUCCAUUGUUCAGUAUAUGCAAUACUUGGUGCUUAUUUGCCUGAACGUUAAUAUUCCUCACAAUAUAAAUGGAGGAAGAAAUGUCAAUAUUGUAGUCAACUCUGACAGUAUCAGCUUCUAUGCAGUCUUUACUCUAUUGACAUCCAAAAGCACUUCACAGAAGCAUUAUGAAGCAAAAUUCAACACCAAGACACACAAUCAUAUUUGGGCAGAUGACCAAAAGCUUGAUCAAAGCUUUAUGUUUUAAGGAACAUCUUAAAAGGAAUCAAGAGACGUGAGUAGGUUUAGAAAGGAAUCUUUAUUCCUGAUGAAGGGCUUUUGCCCGAAACGUUGAUUUCGCUGCUCCUUGAAUGCUGCCUGAACUGCUGUGGUCUUCCAGCACCACUAAUCCAGAAUCUGGUUUCCAGCAUCUGCAGUCAUUGUUUUUACCUUAGAACGGAAUCUGUGGGGCCUAGCCAGCUCAAGGCUUCACCACUAAUGAUGGAUAAUUAAAACCAAGAUGCUCAAGGGAUCAGGAUUGAUGGAUAUCUUGGAUGGGAUAAUCAAGAUUGGGAGGGAUGAGGCAACAAGGAUUUGAAAACAAGACACACAAUUUUAAAAUCAAGGUGUUGCUUAACUGGGAGCCAAUAUAGGUCAAGCACACAGGUAAGAGAACACAGGAUAUGAUGUGAGUCAAGGCACACAGCAGAGUUGUGGAUGAGCUCAAGUAUAUUUUAAAAUACGGGAAACCAGCUGGUUAUGCAUUAGAAAAUCAUGUUUAGCAGUAAUCCAUACAUGAAUGAGGGUUUCAGCAGCUGAUGAGUUGAGGUAGGAGCAGGAUUGUUUUAUGUUACAGAUGGAAAUAGACAUUUUUAGUGAUGGAACUGUUGUGUGGUGAGAAGCUCAUCUGAGAUUCAAAUAUGAUACCAAGGCUGCAAAGAGCCGGGCUUCAACUCGAGCUGUUUUUGGGGAGAGAGAAGCAGUUGGUAAUGGGGAACACCGCUUGCAACAGAACUUGAAAACAAUGGCUUCAAUUUUUGAAUUGUAGGAGGAAAUUUCUGCUAAUCCAGUACUAGCAGUUAGGUAAGCAAUCUGAUCAUUUAUGUAACUGUGGAACAGUCGAGAAAGCCAAUGAUGAGAUAGAGCUGGGUAUUGUCAGAAUGCGGGUAAAACUACUUUUUGAUGUUGCCAAAGGGUAGUAUGUAGAUGAGUAAUGGGAAACGAGGCCAAGACCUAGGGGCAACAAAGGAAAUAAUAUACAAUGGGCUGAGAUUUUCUGGUUGUGCUUAGAUAAGAAUGGUACCAGCUGAAUGUUGCUCCACUGAUCUGGAUGACAAUGAAAAGGCAUUGGAGGGGGACAGUGUAUGAACUGUGACAAAAACUGCGGAUAGGUCGAGAAAGAUAAAGGAUACCUUAGCUGCAACCAUAUCACAUAUCAUCUUUAGACUUUGAUAAGAGCUACUUUAGUACUACAACAGGGUGGAAACCUGAUUGGAGAGAUUCAAAAAUGGAGUUCCAGGAAAGAUGAAAAAUAGUUUUGGUUGACAACUACAAGUUCAAGGGAUUUUAGAGAUUAGUGAUGGAGCUCCUAUUGGUAGAGGUGAGGCUGGAGGAGAUCAUCACAGAAUCCCCACAGUAUGGAAACAGACCAUUUUGCCCAAUCACCCUCUGAAGAGUAACCCACCAGACCCAUUCCCUUACCCUAUUACUCUACGUUUCCCCUGACUAAUGCACCUAGCCUGCACAUCUUUGUACUGUGAGAGGAAACUGGAGCACCCAGAGGAAACCCACGCAGACACUGGGAGAAUGUGCAAACUCAAUGUAGAUAGCUGCCCAAGGCUGGAAUUGAACCGGAGUCCCUGAUUGUAAAAGAGGUGUUUAAACAUGUAGUUUGCUGUAGAGAAAAGAAGCUGAGAUUAAUCCAAGGUGAUCCAGUAAUAGUGAGAAACUCAACAGAAAGGAUACAAAAUGAUACUGUACACUGCAAUAUGUUUGAGCUGUGUGCAUAAAUACUUAUUUACAGCACUUGCAAAACGGAACUGUUUCUGUAAUGAAGUUUGGUAUUUUAUGGACAUUCUAAUGUUCUUGCAUCAUUUAGUGCCUGUUUGAUUUAAAUAUAUAUGAAAUCAUGCAUACAGAUUUGAAACAAAUUUUAAUGGUUCUCAUUUCUUUGCUGUCACCUUGGCACUGAAACAAGUGGGUUUUUUUUUGGUAAUAACAGUGUCAUUCUUCCAUAAGUGCUAUUCAACACUGAGCAAAAGGAAUUAAUUAUGCUUCAUCUCAAAACACCAAGUGAUGUUGGCUUUCUGUUUCUUUUAAAAAAAAAAGUUUGAGCUUUCAUUCAACUGCCAGUGGAUCCAUGGAGACUUUCUCCUUGGCAAUACAAUCCAGUUACUUCAGUUCCAUCUUUCUCAGUUUUUAUUUAACAUUGCUAAAAUACAUUUGCAUCAGAUCUUCCAAUGAGCCAGUUGGUAAAGUCAGUUCCUUAGAGGUGAUUGUAGUACCUCCAGUAGAUCUAAGAGCUGAGGAUAAGGCUUUUUGCUCAUAAUGUAAUCUUCAUACUCGACUGCUGCACCGAGGAAGUGCUGUUUUGUUAAAGUCAUAAUGGCUCAAUUGGCAAUUGGGUUUUUGCCCCAUUCAGUGAAAUAUAGAUUGACAAUUUAGUGCAAGAUGAAGAAGUGCUACCAUGUCAGAUACAAUCUUCUGUAUUAGAUUUUUAAGCAAGAUAUCAUGUCUUCUCAGUGGACAUUAAUGAGAUCUUUUAACAGAAUGUUUAUUGAUCAGCAUCAGAAAUAUUGAUCAAGAAAUAGGUUAUCUAAUUUUUAUCAUGUUGCUAGUGGGAACUUGCUGUGUACAAAUUACCUGACAAGUUUCCUACAUUGUGACAGUGAUUAUGCUUCAGAAGUUCAUAAUUGUCUGGAAUGUGCAUUAAGAUGGUCUUGAUGUUAAAAAUAUAUUACACAGAUAAGAAUUUCCCCAUUUGUCAACACUUUUUUCCUCUCUUAACCAACACCAGCAAAAUAAAAUCAAUUACUUGGUCUCAUAUUUCAUUAUUUGAGACUUUGCUGCUACAUUUGCCUAUUUAAACAAUUGAAAUUCAAAAGGAAAACAUUUUGCAACACUUCAAUGCAAUUUGAUAUGAUUAGAUGUUCCACAAACACAAAGAUGACACAUAGUCGGGAAUAUAGCAUAUUAUUAAUUGUAGGGUAAGCAGGAACUAUUCUUACACUUAAGCAUGUGUCACAAAUAAUCCUAAUGCUGCUUAUUUCUGUAAAGCAUUGUCAAAUCUUUCAUAAGUGAGGAAAUGUUGAGAAGGAAUGGAGACGUGUGAAAAGCAGGCUGAAUGUACUGAAUCAUGUAGUCUCUCUGGUGCAGUCAAGUAGCACAAAAACCAGCUCAACAGAGGACCUGCUUCAGGAAUUUGGUGGUGAGGGAAUUCUAAAUAUACUAAAGAUUGACCUCUUUCUGAAGUUUAGUCAAAUAUUGUGUUUACCAUUCAAGUUCUACCAGACCUUGUUUCUUUUACAGUGUUAAUCAGUCAUAACCAAACUGCUGAAUAAUGAAAGCUGCGGUUAAUUGGGUGACUAAUUGGGAUUGAUAUCCUGGUCAUCUUGGGCUGAUCUGCUACUACUGUAUUAAUAAAAUAUGUUUUUGCUAACA